AUGUCCCAGAACGAAAGAACCUUCAUUGCCGUCAAACCAGACGGUGUCCAAAGAGGCCUUGUCUCCAAGAUCUUGGGUCGUUUCGAAGACAGAGGUUUCAAAUUGGUGGGCAUCAAGUUGGUGACACCAACUGAGAAUCUUCUCAAGGAACACUACGCUGAACACGUCAACAAAUCGUUUUUCCCCAAGAUGCUGUCUUACAUGAUGUCUGGUCCUAUCUUGGCUACCGUUUGGGAAGGCAAAGACGUGGUGCGUCAAGGCCGUGCGAUCUUGGGUGCUACUAACCCUCUAAACUCUGCUCCUGGUACUAUCAGAGGUGAUUUCGCCAUCGACAUGGGCAGAAACGUGUGUCACGGUUCAGACUCUGUGGAGUCCGCAAACCACGAGAUUUCUCUAUGGUUCAAGCCCGAAGAGCUCAACGACUGGAAACUUAACCAGCAGGCGUGGAUCUACGAGUAA